GAGCUGGGCGUCCAGGAUCCUGUGGGUUUUUGGGACCCAUUAGGACUUGCGGCUGACAAGGACAAGGCCACCUUCAAUCGCCGCCGAGCAGUGGAGCUCAAGCAUGGGCGCAUCGCGAUGUAUGCGACCAUUGGCUACAUAGUCCCGGAGUACUUCCGCUGGCCAGGCUUCCUGUCCCCCUCGUUGGGCUUGAAGUUCUCCGACAUGCCCAACGGCCUUGCAGCUCUUUCCAAGCUGCCCGUGCUGGGUGGCGCUCAAAUCAUCGCAUUCGCGGGCCUCAUCGAGACGACAGGCUUCUUUCAGGCGGCCUCGACCACCGAUGGCCGUGGUCCGCGCGAGGGCCAGUUUUCCAUGAAGGACUCUACCGAGAUUGGCGAGCCGGGAAAUUAUGGCAUCGGCUUCCCGAACUUCCUUGGCAAGGUCGAGGAUCCAGAGGCACGCAAAACUAAACUUGCGGCCGAGCUGGCGAACGGCCGCCUGGCGAUGAUGGCGAUCAUCGGCAUGUUCUUCCAAGACGGUCUUACAGGAUCUGCCUGGGGAGACUGGAGCACAUACACAGCGUCCCCCCUGAGGGCUUACGACCCCUCGGAGGAGGUCGGGGCCAUGCCACCUCUGGGCUUCUUCGACCCCUUGAACUUUUCCAAGCCGGGCCGACCGCUGGGCGUGUACCUCCAGGACCUGAGCGAUGAGGAGAAGUUCGCGUGGCUUCGCGCGGCGGAGCUGAAGAAUGGCCGUGUGGCGAUGAUGGCGACUGUCGGAGCGGUGUUUCAGCACUUCGUGCGGCUGCCGGGCUUCGAGAGCAUGCCUGCCGGCAUCAAGGCCAUCGAAAAGGCUCCGGGGAGCUACGGCUUCGUGAUCCUUUGGAUCUUGGCCGGCGUCCUCGAGCUUGGGCCGUGGAGGCAGGUUGCGGACAAGGAGCGGAUCACAGAUCUGAGGAUGAUUGAUGAUAUCAGAGUGGAGGUCACGUUGGAAAACUCAGAAACGCAUCAGGAGCCCGGCAACUUUGGAGAUCCCAUGAACUUCAACCAGUACACCAAGGAGAUGCGAGAGCGGGAGAUCAACAACGGCCGCUUCGCCAUGUUUGCGGCCAUCGGCAUCAUCGCCGCCGAAAUGUACACAGGCAAGGAUGCCGUCGAGCAGUGGGGAUGA